AUGUCAUUUCAAUUUGAUCAAAACUUACAACAACAGGUCGAUCAAUUUUUAGGAGAUGUCGAUGAUUUUAUAACAAACAAAAAUGGUUCAGCUGUCGAAAAAUUAAUUGGAUUACUUGGUAGCGAAGAAAAAUCAAUUCAAUAUAACUCUAUGGCCAUGUUAGCAUUUGCCAAUCAAGCACCAAACAACAAAGAUGUCUCACGUGAAAAUGGUCUCUUAAAGAUUUUCCUUGACUAUUGCCAUCCAUCUAAAAUCAUCACUGUUUUACCAAUGGUCAAAAAUGCCUCAAUGGGUUUAAUGUUUUUAGCCAAUCAUUCCGAUGUAAAUAAACAAGCUAUUGCAGAUUUAAAUGGUAUUGAUACAAUUUUCGAAUUAUUACGUGACUUAUUGGUUAUGAUUAAAUCACCACCAGAAGAUGUUAAAAAAGAAGAUAUUGUAUCAACCCUUUCACAAACUUUAAAUUUGGUUAUUAUUUUAGCCUCAUUACAAGGAAAUAGAGAAAAGAUGGGUACUGUUGCAAACUUUUUAGUUUUAAAUUCACUUCUCUCAUAUGAAAAUCCAUCAAGUUUAGAUCUUCAAUUACAAAUUCAAGAAAAAGCAUUAUCUGCUACUAAUAAUAUUUGUAUACAUAAGGAAAAUAAAGAAAAUUGUAGAGUCGCAGGUGUAGUUGAAAGUGUUUUUAAAUUAUUCUAUUCAACUAAACCAUCAAUUCAAGAUGGUGCAUUAAGAAUGAUUUAUAAUAUGACAAUUGUAGAUGCAAGUAGAGAAGCUAUCAGACGUUGUAAAGGUUUAGAAACUUUAGUAUCAAUGUUAAAAGAUCAACCAGAGGCAGUUUCGUUACUCUCAUUAAAAGCCCUCUCAAAUAUGUUUGUUGAUAGACAAACUAUUGAAUACUCUGUUAAUAAUCAAGAUGCUAUUCUUGUUCCAAUCUAUAAUGUUUUCCCACCAGCAUAUGGCCAAGGUUGCAGUGAUAACUUAUUAGAUCAAGUUUUAACUGUUGUUCAAAAUUUAGUAUCCGAAGAAAACUUAAUUGAAAAUGUCGCUAGAUCUGGUAUCAUUACUAAAAUUGUCCCAGCAGUCAAAGGUAUGCCAUUAACAAACACCACCCAUCAAUCAAUUUUAGUUAAAGCUUCAUGCAUUCUUUCCGGUUUAAUUACAAUCGAAGAGGUUCAACAAGCAGCCGUCGAAAAUGGUCUUAUUACCCUUUUAGUUGAAAUGAUUCAAUUACCAUCUGCCGAAGUCAGAAGAGAAUGUGCUCGUGCACUUGCCAAUGCCACUCCAUACUAUGAUGAUGUUAGAGCUGAAAUUGGUAAACAAGGUGGUGUCAAAUUAUGUGUUGAACUUCUCUUACAAAGUGAUAAAGAAUUGGUUAAACAAGCUGCUCGUUCUUUAGUAAAUUUAGCUCGUAAUACCCACAAUGAAGAAGCCCUCUUUGAAUCUAAAGGUCUCGAACAUUCAAUUCGUUUAAUUAAUCUCCCAGAAAAAGACUUAAAGAUGCUUGGUACUAAAUUAUUGGUAAAUUUAUCAUUAAAUGAAGCUGCUCGUAUUGCUUUUUGUCAAAAAGGUGGUCUUUCCAUUGUUACCACCCUUUUGGUUUCACAAGAUCCAGAACUUCAACUUCAAGGUACCAAAAUUGCAACAAAUCUUGCUAUCUCUGGUAGAAAUCGUAAGAUUAUGAAUGAACAAGCUCCAGAACUUAUUCCAUCAUUAAAAGCAUUGGCCUCAUCAGCUGUUGCCGAUAUUAAACUUCAAUCUGAAGUUGCUCUUAACAAUUUAUCUUUCCCAUACGAACAAUCUUAUGAAGGUUUAGAUCAAAUGGAAGAUGCUAUGCCAAUUUUCAUGCAAUCACAAUACGAAAGAGAUGAUGAAGAUGAAGAAGAUGACGAUGAAGAAGCUGAUGCUCGUAAGAGACAAGAAGAAGAAGAAAUUAGAAUUGCUGCUGAAAAAGAAGUCGAAGAAAGAAAACGUAUUAUGCAAGAAGAGGUUAAAAGAAUUGAAGAACGUCGUAGACAAGAACAAGAAAAGAGAGUUCAAGAAGAACAAGCUAGAAAACAAAGAGAGGAAGAAGCAGAGAAAUUAAGAAAGGCUCAAGAAGAAAUGGAAAAAUUAAGAAUAGAAGAGGAAGCCAAAGAAAAAGCUGAACAAGAAAGAAAGAGAAUUGAAGAACAAAAAGAAAAGGAAAGACUUGAACAAGAACGUAUUAAAUUACUCGAUGAACAACAAAAACAAAAAGAAGCAGAAGAGAGUAAGAGACGUGAAGCUGAAGCCAAAGCUCAAGAAGAAGAACGUGUCAGAAAACAAAAAGAAGAGGAAGAACGUAUUAGAAAACAAAAAGAAGAAGAGGAACGUAUCAAGAAAGAAAAAGAAGCUGAAGCUGAAAGACUUCGUCUUGAAGAGGAGGAACGUCUCAAGAAAGAAAGAGAAGUUGAAGAAGCCAGAAUGAGAGCUCUUGAAGAAGAACAACUCAGAAAGAUGGAAGCCGAAAUUAAACAACGUGAAGAGGAUAUCCGUCGUCAAAAGAUUGAAGAAGAAGAACGUAGAAAACGUGAAGAGCAAGAAAGAAAACUUAAAGAUCAACAAGAUAAAGCUUCACAAGAAUCUGCUCGUCUCGCUCAAGAAGCCUCGAGAGCACAAAAGAGAACCCAUAUCGUUCAAGAAAUCAUGCAAGUUGAAGUUAACUAUGUUAAGAAUCUUCUUUUAAUCGUUCGUAAAUUCUUACAACCACUUAACCAAAUUGCCACCUCUAAGCGUCCAGUUGUUACCGCUGAACGUAUUGCUCAAAUUUUCUCAACCAUCGAAAACAUUCAAAAUCACAAUGCUAUUUUCUCUGAUGGUCUUACCUCCAGAAUUAAGAGAUGGUUAGCCGAUAACAAGAAAGAUCACUUAAUCAUUGGUGAUAUCUUCCAAAAGAUUGGUGGUUUUAUGAAUGACUACAGUAAAUACAUUAACAACUACAACAACUCCAUCAAACUCUACAACGAAACCAGAAAAGCAAAUCCACAAUUUGCCGCUUUCAUUAAAAAAGUCGAAUCAGAUCCUGAACUCAACGAUAAAGAAUUAGAAAAUCUUUUAAUUACACCAGUUCAACAAUUACCUCGUUAUAUUAUGUUGGUUCAAGAUCUUAUUCGUAACACUAGCGAAGACCAUCCAGAUUUCAAACCACUCACUGAAGCUCUUGAAAAAAUUAAACAUAUCACCACCAUCAUCAAUGAAAAGAAAAGAGAUGCUGAAGAUGCCUUUGCUAUGCUUCAAAUCCAUCAAACCCUUCAUGGUAAAGUACCAAAUAACUUUGUUGCUCCACAUCGUAAAUUCAUUCGUGAAGGUGCUAUUCAUUUCGGUUCAUCAAGUGGCUCAUUCAAAGAUAAAGAACCAAUUGUUUUCCUCUUUAAUGAUAUGGUUAUGAUGACAAUCAAACAUCCAAACAGACCAAACGAAUAUAAAUAUCGUUACUCAACAUUUUUAACCCCAUCUACUACAAUUGAAGAUUUACCAAGUGUUAACAAUGGUUUCAUUAUUAAAUCUGGUCAAUGGUGGUCAUUCAGUUGCCCAACUCCAAAAGAUAAGGAAAAUUGGGUCGAAGCUAUUAAAAAAUCAUUAGCCAAUCUUCCAAAAGAAGCUUUAAAAGCUCAAACUCCAUCAAAAAAAUAA